UUUAGGCAACUCCGGUUCACACAUUAGCAAGUGGAGUUAGUUACACUCAAGGGAUCAUAUGGGAGAUCAUCUUAACAUUUUCACUUCUCUUCACUGUCUACGCAACUAUGGUGGAUCCCAAGAAGGGAUCUCUUGAUGGGUUGGGUCCACUUCUCACAGGAUUUGUCGUCGGAGCCAACAUCCUUGCGGGCGGCGCCUUUUCUGGCGCUUCCAUGAACCCCGCCCGGUCUUUUGGUCCCGCUUUGGUCUCUGGAAACUGGACUGACCAUUGGGUAUAUUGGGUUGGACCGUUGAUUGGUGGUGGACUCGCCGGUUUCAUCUACGAGAAUGUCCUCAUCGACCGUCCACAUGUCCCAGUUGCUGACGACGAGCAACCAUUGAUGAAUAAUUAAAAUGUGUUUGGAUCUGUGCUAUG